AUGUCGACGACGAUGAAUCCAGCACAUGGCUUGCAGUUGAUCUUAGUCAGCUCCCUGUGCUGUACCGCUGUCUCGGUGGGCGACGAUCGCCGGAGCGUGCUGUGGCGCGGCGGCUCCAUCGCCGUGGAGGACGCCGCCGGCCACGCCCUCGUGUCGCCGGGCGGCGACUUCUCGUGCGGGUUCUACAAGGUGGCGACCAACGCCUACACGUUCGCCGUCUGGUUCACCGCGUCGGAAGACGCCACCGUCGCGUGGACUGCCAACCGCGACGCCCCCGUCAACGGCGUCGGCUCCCGCGCCGAGCUCCGCAGGGACGGGUCGCUGGUGCUGCGAGACUACGACGGCCGCGUCGUGUGGAGCACCAACACCAGCGGCACGCCGGCCGACCGCGCCCAGCUCCUCGACACCGGUAACCUCGUCGUGCUCGACGCCGGCGGAAAUCGGUUGUGGCAGAGCUUCGACUGGCCCACCGACACGCUCCUGCCGGGGCAGCCCGUCACGCGGUACAGGCAGCUGGUGUCAGCGUCGGCGAGGGGCUCGCCGUACUCCGGCUACUACAAGUUCUACUUCGACAGCGACAACAUCCUCAAUCUCAUGUACGACGGGCCGGAGAUCAGCAGCAACUACUGGCCGGACCCAUUCAAGAAGUGGUGGGACAACAACCGGACGGCGUUCAACAGCAGCCGCCACGGCAGCUUCGACAGGCGCGGCGUCUUCACGGCGAGCGACCAGCUGCAGUUCAACGCCUCGGACAUGGGCGACGAGGGCGUCCUGAGGCGGCUCACGCUCGACUACGACGGCAACCUCCGCCUCUACAGCCUCGGCGCCGCCGACGGGCGGUGGCGCGCCACGUGGGCGGCGAUCCCGCGCCAGUGCGACGUGCACGGCAUGUGCGGCCGCUACGGCAUAUGCACGUACAGCCCCGGGCCGACGUGCUCCUGCCCCGACGGCUACGUGCCCCGCGACACCGGCGACUGGAGCAAGGGGUGCCGCCGCACGUUCGACGUCCGGUGCGGCGAGGACGUCGGCUUCGCGGAGAUGCGGCACACCGACUACUGGGGCUUCGACCUCAACUACACCGCCAGGAUCUCGUUCGACGCGUGCCGGCGACUCUGCCUCGCCGACUGCCAUUGCGAGGCGUUCGGCUACCGCCAGGGCACUGGCGAGUGCUACCCCAAGAUUGCUCUCUGGAACGGUGGGGUUCUAAGCAUCCCGUACCAAUCCAUCUACCUCAAGAUCCCCACGCGUGUCAAGAACCUGAACCCGUCAUUGCUUCACUUCGAUGGCCACGCCUGCGCCGUGGACGAACGCGACGCCAUAGUCAGCACCUCGUACCUGCAUGUCCGGAGUAACACGAUAAACUUCAUCUAUUUCUACUGCUUCCUCGCGGUGGUGUUCGUCUUGGAAGCCAUUUUCGUCGUCGUCGGCUACCUGUUUGUCUUUCGAGCUGACUCCGCGGCGGCCGGACGGGUCCGUGACGAAGGGUACAGCUUGGUGUUCAGCCAUUUCAGGAGGUUCACCUACGACGAGCUAUCAAACGCGACGAGCGGGUUUAGAGACGAGCUUGCCAAGGGCGCGACGGGGUCCGUGUACAAGGGUGUCCUGGACGACGGCCGCAGCAUCGCCGUGAAGCGGUUAGGAGAGCUGACGCAGGCCGACGAGGUGUUCCGGUCGGAGCUGAGCGUGAUAGGCCGGAUCAACCACAUGAACCUCGUCAGGAUAUGGGGCUUCUGCUCGGAACACCCGCACCGGCUCAUCGUCUCCGAGUACGUCGAGAACGGCUCGCUCGACAGGGCCCUCUUCGGCGACGACGGCGAGGGCUCCGGGGUGGUGCUAGCGUGGCGGUCGAGGUACAAGAUCGCCGUCGGCGUGGCGAAGGGGCUGGCGUACCUCCACCACGAGUGCCUGGAGUGGAUCGUGCACUGCGACGUGAAGCCGGAGAACAUACUGCUCGACGGCGACCUGGAGCCCAAGGUGACGGACUUCGGCCUCGUCAAACUGCUGAGCCGCGACGCCGGCAGCCACCUGGCGCUGUCCCGCGUGCAGGGCACCAGGGGCUACAUUGCGCCGGAGUGCUGGACGGUGGGCCGCCCCAUCACCGGCAAAGCCGACGUGUACAGCUUCGGCGUCGUGCUCCUGGAGCUGCUGCUGGGGCAGAGGGUCUGCGACUGGGUGAAGACGGCGGCGAACGGAGCCGGGGAUCUCCAGCGUUUGGCCGCAUUGCUCAGAGAGAAGCUGAAGCAUUACGACGACGAGCUGCCGGCGUGGCUGGCGGAGCUCGUGGAUGCGCGGCUGCGCAGUCACUUCGACCAUGCGCAGGCAGCCGCGAUGCUGGAGCUGGCGGUUUCGUGCGUUGACGGCGAGCCCAGCAGGCGGCCGAGCAUGAGCACGGUUGUGCAUCAGCUCGUCUCGCUGGACGAUAGGACACCAUCUCGGCGCCAUGCUUGAGCUAGCGUUCAUCUCUCUGGUAUUAUUUUGCUACAUUUUCAUUUUUACCAUCACGAGUCUUGUUAGGAUGAAACAGUGUUGGUGUAAUUAUUGAUGAGAAUCCUUACGUGUUGCGGCGAACGUACCAAUGAAAUGUUCACAUUUCUCCUCAAACUUGUUCACGUCAAAGUCAAACAAAUUGGGAAGAGGUGGCGUAGAGCAGGUGCUAUAAAUUAGCUGUAAACAUAUUUUAAAGAAACAAGAGAGGAGAGAAAAGAGAAAUGUGCUACUAAUUUGUAGUCAGCUGUAACACGGACUCUAAUACACAGUGUGAGUAUGAUAUGUGGGAC